UUUAUUAUGCCCUUUGAAUUGUGGGUAAAACAUGUCUGCGCCCUCCAUCCUGAGGCCCACCUCACCUCAAUGAGAUAAGGGCAUUAUUAUCAUUAAAAACCAGGAUCUCGAGCCACAAAACACUGGACUUUUCCCUCAACGUUUAGACAUUAAGUCGGAAGAUGUCGGAAAACGCCCAGAAGAAGGAGAGCGUCUCUGGAAAUGCGCUCAGCAGGGCAGGGAUCGCUGACAUGCUGGCGAAGAACUUCGAGAGACUGCCCGACACCGAUCAGAAACUCUUCAUCUACGGACCCAUGUACCUGGGGGGCAACGGGGCCUUCGCGGGGCUGAUCGCCAACAGCUUGUAUCGCAGAGCCCUGAACGUGUCGCAGGCGCCCAUCACCUCCAGCCUGCCGAUGGCCGUGCUGCCCUUCAUGACAACGGUCGCCCUGUACAACGCAGCGGUGACCAGCCCCCUCAUGCACGGUGAUCUCAACUGCCCCUCCUGCGCCCUGAUGCGAGGUGCACUGGUCGGUUUGGUCGCUGCCGGCGUCUACCCCAUCCUGCUGGCCAUACCCGUCAAUAUCGGCCUGGCGUCCAGGUACAGCAGCGCGCCGACGCCGGAGAAGGGCAAUGUGCUCAGGUUCGUGGUGGACCUGUCCAGACCGAUCCUGAGGAAAAUGAGGGCGGUGCUGGUGCUGCAGGUCUUCUUCGGCACCUACCUCGGCUCCCGGCAUUUUGAGUCGUACACCAAACUGGCACAUACAACAUUCGGCUCGGGUGCUGACGAACUGCAAGACGGAAACUAACUGAACUGAACCUUGAAAUAAGCACUUUUUUUGGUGUAUAUUGAUUCGCCAUCAUUUCAUCUGGAAAAUAACACGUGAAAUAAAGUGUGGCUCUCUUGUA